AUGGCUGGCUUUCCAGAAGAUUAUGAGAUUUGUGCCUCAGAACUUAUUAACCUUUGGAUAGUUGAAGGUUUUUUUAAACAUUUAGAUGAAUCUAAAAGCUCGGAAGAGGAAGGGGAGGAUUGUUUGGAGGAUUUUGUCAAGAGAAGUCUAGUUUUGGUCGCCAACAGGAAGUUUGAUGGGAAAAUAAAGAGUUUCAGCCUUCAUGAUAUUGUGCGGGAAUUUUGCAUAAGGCAGGGUGCGAAAGAGAAGGAAAAAAAUAUCCUCUUGAAAACUUACACACUUUCGCUGGUGACGGACUUUGUGUGGAGUAGAAGAAUGGUGAAAAUGACUACAAACAUUAAAAAGCUUGGAAUAUGUUACUCCAAGGAGAAGUUUGAUUUGGAUUCGCGCUAUCGCCUCAACAAUCUUAAAUAUCUGUGUCGGCUUGAGAAAUUGAAAUUGGAGAUGAAUGGAGAUUUUUCAUUCAGAGAACUGUUAUUGGAGUUUGAAUUGGAUAUGCGUGGAGGUUUUUCAUUAAGAGGUCUAAACUUCCCUUUGCAGUUGAGAAAGUUAACCUUGAGUGGUUGGAGGCUUUCUUGGAGUGAUAUGACGACCAUUGGUUCAUUACCUAGUCUUCAAGUGCUUAAACUACGAAACUUUGCUUGCUACGGCACUCACUGGGAAACAACUGAGGGAGAAUUUCGUGAACUGAGACUUCUGCUAAUUGAGCAAUCAAAUUUGAGGUAUUGGGGUACUGAAGCUAGCCACUUCCCGAGACUCGAGCGUCUAAUACUUCAUCAGUGUGAUCUAAAUCUCAUUCCAAGUAAUAUUGGAGACAUUCCAACACUUAAACUCAUCGAGGUUGACGAUAUGCCCAGAGAUCUUUUGGCAUCAGCGAAAAGUAUAGAAGAGAAACGACGGAAUUCUGGAAAUGAUAGCUUUCAAGUUCGUGUGAAGCGUUCCUGA